AUGGCAGGGUUGAUAAGCAAGAUAAACCGUUCCUCAAUUGGCCCUUUACCUUCAUGCUAUUCGCCAUCACUGAAAACUCUUAUCAAAGGUAUGUUGAGAAAGAACCCCGAGCAUCGGCCAAGUGCAUCAGAAAUUUUAAAGCACCCAUACCUGCAGCAUUAUGUUGAUCAAUACCGUCCAUCUUUUAGUCCUCCAGCAACGUCCUCCUCAGAGAAGCCUAUUACAACUGCUCGUGAAUCUAGGAAGAAUAUGGCUGAAAGCCAGAACAGUAAUAGUUCAAGUAGUGAUAAAGACAGUCUUCUUUCAAGUGAUAGAAACACCGCAACAAUUGUGUCCAACAGUGAAAGUAAAGCCACUGACACAGAUUUAAUUUCCAUUGAUGACGAUGAUGACUCUGAGCAGCCUCCACCAAGCGAAGAAGAACAUGGCUCUGAUGUUUGCAUUGUCAAGAUGGACGAAAGAAGGGUGAUGAAACCCUCUCUUGGUGAACAGGGAUCCAAUGUCGAAUCUAAGCAGCCAAAAACCAUUAGAAGUAUAAUGAUGGCUUUGAAAGAAGGCAAAGCUAGAGAAAAUGGUUCCCCAAUGAGAGGCAAUCGCAUAAAGGCUGUAGGUGUGCCAACCCAAAGAAGUAACACAGAAGCUUCACCCAAAGUCCUGAAACCCAGUGCUGUUGCUCCUGGUUUGAAGUCUAAUGCAGAUACACCAGUGGUUGCACAAGCAAAAUUAGUAGUUGAUUCUGCGAAACGGAUGCCAGGAUCAAAUCCCUUAAAACAUCAGUUACCUGUUAUUGACUCCUCUCCCAAGACAAAACCUAGACAUGAAGGGGUUCCUCCUCCUGUUCCAGUGAAACAUGUUGAAGAUGGACUCCCUGCUAAGCCGAGGCAAAGGACUCCUCCUUCCAAUACUGUGAGACGAACUUCAUUUCUUGGAAGGAUGAGGCAAGUUGGAAUUGACUCUCCAAACACAGUGAACAACACCGUGAAACUGGCUCCAAAUGUGAUAAAUCAGGAGCCUGAGAGUAUUCCUCAUCAAGUGCCCAAUGGUCGCUUAACUCAUGUUUAUAGGGAGAGCUCACAUGAGUCCAAGAAGGCUGUUGUUGGACCUUCCAAAGCAAUGCAAACUGAUAGCAUCAAUUCUGUAUCGUCAUCAGUGUCAAUUCAUGCAUUUGAGCUUUGUGAUGAUGCCACAACUCCUUUUAUUGACAUGGCAGAACAGAUAGACGCUGAUCAUGUUACAGUAACCCACUCAGAUGCCUUAGAAUCACAUCCACGCAGCUGCUCACCUACUUCUUUGCUAUCUGAGAUGCCUGGAAAUAUGUCUGGGCAAAACCAUGAAUAUGAUCAUAAAACUGUUACAUGCUCGGAUGAAAUCUCGGGGGCUGUCUCAGAUCUUCAGAAUAUAGUUACUGAUGGGCAAGUGAGCUCAAAUGCAGCCAUUCAGAGUUCUGAAGAAAUAUUUGAUUGUAAAGAGGAAAUCCCUUUAAACAGGCCUUGUAGUAUGGAUGAUACACCUCUAAGCAGGCCUACUACUAUUGAUAUUACCCCUAUUGUCAGGCCUAGUUCUAUUGAUAAUAGCACUAUAAGCAGGCCUAUCGAUAUUACCACUAUAAUAAGGCCUAAUACUGUCGACAAUACCCCUGUAAGCAGGCCUAGUAUUAUUGAUGAUACUCCUGCAAGCAAGCCCAGUAGUAGGCCUGAUAUACUGCUCCAAUCAAAUACGUCGUCUGCAUCUAAUAAUAGUGAUGAAAAAUUUAGUCUAAGGGAACUUCUAUCUUCAGUAGCAGAAACUACUGCUUCUGUUCCCCCACCUAUUUCUCCUAGUCAAAACAGUUUGCAGCUAGAUAAAGGAACUAUUUUGCAAAGUCCAGCUAUUGAAAAGCCAGCUGCUGCGCAACGUUCUCCUGCUUUUGAUGAUGUCAUACAUGUUAUAAGGCACAGCAGUUUCCGGGUCGGGAGUGAGCAGCCGGUACUGGAAACUGUAGAGAUGGGAGUUCAAAAUGUAGAUGUUGGGAAGCUCAUAAAUGUGGUGAGGGAUGAAUUGGAAAUGAGGAACAUGACCUCCCCAGUGGCCCUGAAAUCAUCUAGUAGCUCUGACGCUGUUAGUUUGAAAUCAAGUUUUUCGGAUCAUUUAAGUAACAAGGAAAUGGAUGUAAGAAAUCCCACUUUAGUUCCAAUAUAUAAUUCUUCUGAGCAAACAAAACCAAAUUCCCCCACAAUGCAAGAGGAAACACCAGCAAAGGAAAUCUUAGAUGUUAAGUCUUUCAGGCAGAGGGCAGAGGCACUUGAAGGGCUUUUAGAACUAUCAGCGGAGCUGCUGCAGCAAAAUAGAUUGGAAGAGCUUGCAGUUGUUCUGAAGCCUUUUGGUAAAGACAAGGUCUCCCCAAGGGAGACAGCUAUCUGGUUAGCAAAGAGUCUUAAAGGAAUGAUGAUUGAGGAAUGUGGACGGAGUUCAUGAAACAUCAUGUCUGGCAGUAAGCUUGUUUUUAUUUUUAGUUAAUUGAUAUUGUAAUAGUAAUUCUUAGUUUUUUGUCAUGCUUUUGCAUAUUCAAGUUCCAUUUGAAUUGUUAAACGGAACAAUCGCAUCUGUUCUUUGUCGUCUUCUCAUUUUGUAGUUCUUUUAGUGCAUUUUGUUGUACAUAGUGGCAAUACAGAUUACAUGAUCUUGUCUUUGAGCCAAAUGUAUUGAUAUGAAGUAGUAUGUGGUGUAUGUAAGUUUCAGUGAAAUUGUUAAUAAGGUGUCUCUACGGUUGUUCUUGGCUGAUUUAAAUUAGAUAAUCUCUGGAGAAAUAAAGAUAGAUUGCAUGGCUACAGCGGGAAUUUACCUUCAGUUUAGGAUGAGUUGAAGGCAGAUACAUUCUCUUAGCCCUUUAUCCAAGAGCUUAAGCAGUUAUCAUUUUAUAAUGAAUUUUGGUCUUUUUAUUUUUUUUUAUUUUUUUAUUUUUUGUGUGUGCGCUCUUUCUCAGUUUUUGAAUAUAUGAACAGGUUUGUAAAAAGUAUAUAAAAGGACCGGGGGUUCUUCUUUGAUAU